AUGUGGUUUUAUGGUACUAUUGUUAGUGCUUUGCUUUACUCCUUGUCGACGAAUGGAGCAAUAUGUCACGGGCUUAGCGUUUUUGUUCGCAAAGCCUGUGCGGCGUCCGCCUUUCUGCUCGAAGAUGGACAAGUCUUCGUUCAUGUUGCUAGUCCGGACUUUCGCGUCCUACGACUAACGGGUUGGCUUUUCUGGGCGUCGACCUGCAAGGCCUACAUGCAAGGUGUCGAUCCCUACGUCGUGGCGCUGGACAUCGACGCUGCGGCCGUGGUGCCGUCCUCGCGGAUCGUGCCUCUCCCCACCGAGGCGGUCGCCGCUGGCUCACCGGAUGACUACGAGAUCCAGAUCGCGUGGUGGGGCGAGACCGGGUCGUGCUUGAUCCAGUACCGGAAGCCCGCGUUUGCUUUCGCGCUGUGGUUGCUUGCGACGACGAAGACGAACGAAGAGGAUGCGACGGCGACGACGGCGACGGCGUGGAAAAAGAUUUGUGAGGUGGGGAUUGAAGAGAUCAAGCUGAGGAAGAGGCAUAUCGGGUCGUUCACGCUGAUAAAUCGCGACAUUCUCAUCUUCAUCACCCUGCAGCGGUGCCCGCUCUACGGUUACAGCCUGAGCAGCCGGCAGCUGAAGAAGCUUCGCCGCGUUGACUCGCCGUAUUCAGCGCUGAUCCCUUACGCGAACACCCUGCGCCCCUGCAGCAGGGAUGACAAGGUCAUCGCCGAGAAAUAGAUGAAUAGUAAUUUGUUGUAUUUUGAUUUUCUCUCUUCUAUUUGUACUAUACUAAUAUAGCAUGAAGCAUCAAUUAGAGUUGAGUUACUACA